AUGGCGGCGCUGGCGCGCUGGGCGCGGGUUCCGCUAGGGUCGGGAGCGCUGCGCUGGGGCCGAGCGCUUAGCGUGGCCGCCGAGACACGCUCCCCGCCGCCGCCACCUCCUCCUCCUCCUCCUCCUCCUCCUUCCUCCGCCGCGGGCCGGGCGCUGGCGGCGGCGCUAGGCGCUGGGACGGCGGCGCUGGUGCUGCUGUGGGCCCGGGAGUGCGAGAGCCGCCGACCCACGCUGCCCGCGCUGCGCGCCGCCGUGCCCGCGCCGCCGCCACCACCGUCUCCACCACCGUCUCCACCCGCCUCUCCCCGUGCCGCCUUCAACUUUAUCGCCGACGUGGUUGAGAAGACGGCGCCCGCGCUGGUCUACGUGGAAAUCGUGGGCAGGCACCCCUUUUCAGGCCGUGACGUGCCCAUCUCUAAUGGCUCGGGUUUCUUGGUGUCUCCGGACGGGCUCAUUGUCACCAACGCGCACGUGGUAGCCAAUCGCCGGCGCGUGCGGGUGAAGCUGGCCAGCGGUGAGCAGUACGACGCUGUGGUGCAGGACGUGGACCAGGUUGCAGACAUUGCCACCAUCAAGAUCAAGCCAAAGGUGCUCAUCACGGGUGGAGAGGCUCCCUUCAUUCCUUCCCAUCUGGUCACCAUCCUCCCCCCUCUCUUCCAGCACCCACUGCCCACCCUCCCGCUGGGGCGCUCCUCUGAGGUGCGGCAAGGGGAGUUCGUGGUGGCCAUGGGCAGCCCCUUUGCCCUGCAGAACACCAUCACCUCGGGCAUCGUCAGCUCUGCACAGCGCGGCAGCCGGGAGCUGGGCCUGGCCACCUCCGAUAUGGAGUACAUCCAGACCGACGCAGCUAUCGAUUUUGGGAACUCCGGAGGCCCCCUUGUCAACCUGGAUGGUGAGGUGAUUGGGGUGAACACCAUGAAGGUGACAUCUGGCAUCUCGUUUGCCAUCCCCUCAGACCGACUGCGGAAGUUCCUGCAGAAGGAGGAGCAGCGUAGAAGCUCUUGGUUUGGCAAUGCAGAGACAAAGCGCCGCUACAUCGGGGUGAUGAUGCUGACUCUUACACCAAGCAUCCUGACAGAGCUGAAGCUGCGUGACCCCACCUUUCCUGAUGUCUCCUAUGGGGUGCUGAUCCACAAGGUGAUCAUCGGCUCUCCAGCCCACCAGGCAGGGCUGAAGGCAGGGGACAUCGUGCUGGAGAUCAACGGGCAGGUGUCACGCCGCGCCGAGGACGUCUACGAGGCGGUGCGGACGCAGCAGAGCCUGGCCUUGCUGGUGCGGCGUGGCUACGACACGCUGCUGGUGAGCGUCGUCCCUGAGGUGACGGAGUAGCAGUGCUGCUGUGCUGGGCGCUGCCUGGCAGCACUG